AUGGCAGCAAUCGGAACAAUCAGUGAGUUCGAUGUUUCGAAUCUUUCUUCAUGGGAUGUCUACGCGGAUCAACUGCGCUUCUAUUGCGAAGCUAAUGCUAUCACGGAUGCUGCAAAACAGCGUGCUACGCUGCUGGCCGUUUGUGGUAUCAAGACACUUGGAAUCGUUCGAUCCCUCGUUUCACCAGCGUCUCCAUCCGAAAAGUCCUACGAUGAACUGAUCGCACUGCUGAAAAGUCAUUUCACUCCGAAGCCAUCGGUAAUAUACAGCCGCUUCCAGUUCCACAAACGCGUGCAACGUUCCGGCGAAAGGAUCACUACAUACGUGACUGAGUUACGCCGGCUAGCAGAGGACUGCAACUUCGGAUCCACACUGAGUGAAAGACUACGUGAUCAGCUUGUGUGCGGCAUUCGUGAUGACGGGUUACAACGGCGUCUGCUCGCCGAAACAGAUUUAACCUUCGAGAGCGGUAAAGCAAAAGCCCUCGCUGCCGAAGCAGCGGCCGACCAAGCGAAGGAAAUACAAACUCAGGGGUUAGCUUCCGCGGUCCAUCACAUCAACAAUGAUCGCCGGGAUCGUAACUGCAAAGGAUCCACAGCGGAGUCCCGACAUGCGAGGGGACCCCCGAAGACUUCGUGCCACGGAUGUGGAGCGUCACAUGACCGCGACCGAUGUCCGUUCCGAGAAGCAAUUUGCCGUCACUGUCACAAAAAAGGGCACAUCGAACGCGUGUGUCGUGCAAAGAACUCUCGUGACCAGAAAGUACAAGAACCUGCCCGACAGCGACAGGGUCAAAAAUCUUCGUCAACAACGCAUGCAGUUGAACAGCCAGAAGAACACGUCUCAGAUACUGCAAGUAUCUAUCAGAUGAACAAUGUGGACGAAAUAGGAACAUCCACUCUCCGGAAGCAGUACACCAAAGUGAGGAUAGAUGGGUCUGAAUGCCAGAUGGAAGUCGACUCAGGAUCCGAUUAUUCUAUUAUUUCUGAAGCUACAUACAAGUGCCUAUGGCCAGAGAAGGGCCCAACUAUUCAUCCACUCUCCAUUUCACUACGCGACUUCCAAAAGCAGCCAAUUCCGCUGCGUGGCACAUGCUUCGUUGAUGUUCAGUAUGAAUCCUUCAAAGGUCCGCUGCGGCUUCUUAUCGCUGACGGAGAACGAGUGAGUCUGCUGGGGUACGAAUGGUUCGCACCAUUGGGUAUCAAGUUGACGGGUGUUUACCACAUGGAUGCCAACCCCCUAGAGCAAGUACUCAACGACUUCAAAGAAGUAUGUCAGGAAGGCCUUGGAACUUACACAGGACCUGCUGUUUCACUUCCAGUAGAUCCUUCUGUUCCACCCAUCCGACUGAAGGCAAGGAAUGUUCCCCUGGCAUUACGUCCGAAAAUCGAUGCUGCACUCGAUCGUCUUAUCGCCGAUAAUGUUAUUGAAGCAAUUUCAAAUCCAAAAUGGGCUACUCCUGUUGUUCCUGUCGUCAAACCGUCAGGAGAAGUAAGACUGUGCGGCGACUACAAGGUUACUAUCAACACCGCCAUGCGUGCUCAUCCAUACCCCAUUCCUGCAGUCAAUCAUCUUCUUUCAAGCUUGUCUGGUGGUAGCUGCUACGCAAAAAUAGACCUCGCACAGGCCUAUCUUCAACUACGUGUAGACGAUGAUGCUGCAGAAGCACAAACCAUCAUCACACGUCGGGGUGCUUUCAAAGUGAAACGCCUCCAGUACGGUGUGAAUGUAGCUCCAGGACUUUUCCAGCACUUAAUUGACGAACUUCUCGUAGGACUACAGGGAGUAGUGCCUUAUUUUGACGACAUCUUGAUUCAAGGUGCUAACCAGGACGAACUUACAACAGGAUUGCGCGAGGUGUUACGGCGACUUGCCCGUGCUGGCCUGCGAGCCAGAGAGGACAAAUGCUUGUUUGGUGUGUCCUCCGUAGAAUUCCUGGGGUAUCGUGUCGACGCUAACGGCAUUCACCCUGCAGAUUCCAAGGUUACAGCGAUCCAUGAUGCGCCGCGUCCGAACAGCAAGCAAGAGCUUCAAGAUUUUCUUGGUCUGCUGAACUUCUACAAUUCCUUUCUGAAGGACAAGGCUACCGUUGCUGAGCCGUUGCAUCGUCUUCUCGACAAGGACGCAGAGUGGAAUUGGACUACCAUCCAUGACGAGGCUUUCCAGCGAGCCAAAGAACUUCUCUCAUCAGAUAGCGUUCUUGUACCCUUCGAUGAGAAGCGUCCUACAUUCCUCACGUGUGAUGCAUCACCUUAUGGUGUAGGGGCUGUACUAAGUCAGCAAGAGCCAGAUCGGCGCGAAGCUCCAGUUGCAUUCUCUUCACGUACGUUGACAAGUACAGAGCGUAACUACGCACAAAUCGACCGUGAAGCUCUCUCCAUUAUCGCCGGAGUAAAGAAGUUUCAUCAUUUUAUCUAUGGACGUGCAUUUACAAUUGUGACUGACCAUCAACCACUUCUGCUAAUAUUCACAAGGUCAAAGCCCACUCCCCUUAAUCUCACCAGAGAAGAAUGCACCACCUUAAGAAUGCUUCGUUGGUCUCAGAUGCUAAACGCUUACGAGUUGGAGCUUGUUCAUCGAUCUGGGAAGAAAAUUGCUAAUGCAGAUGCUCUAAGCCGCUUGCCACUUCCCGUCAAAGACAAAGCUAUACCAUGUCCACCCGAGGUGCUGUUCACCGAAGAGCUGGCCAGUCCACCGCUUCACGCGAAGGACAUUGCAAGCAUGACUAUACACUGUCCUCAACUUUCCCGAGUUCCCAACUGGGUGUGGAAGGGUUGGCCAGAUGACAAAUGUCCAGAUGAGUUCAAGACAUUCUGGUCGAAACGCUAUGAGUUAUCUGCUCAUAAGAACUGCCUCUUGUGGGGAAACAGAGUAAUAAUUCUCAAAGAGGGUCAACAGCGAGUGUUAGACGAGCUCCAUCUGGGUCAUCCAGGGAUAGGACACAUGAAAGCCCUUGCUCGUUCGUACGUAUGGUGA